UUUCAGUUAGAGAACUAAAAUCGAAAUAAUAAUGUUCGGUGUAAAAAUUGUUGCCUUAUUGGCUUUGGCAUUCGUUGUUGCCGCCACUGAUCUCGAAGAUGGCUUAGCCAUAAUGGCUUGUGCCAGAAGAGCCAUUAACGGUGGUGUACCUGAACUAAACAUCCCAACCCAUGAUCCUUUUGUUGUCAUUAAUCACAACUUUAGCUGGAGUGGAACUUAUUACGUCGUCAAUCGUGUCGAUAUCAAAAUCCACGACCUAACGUGGUCAGACCUUGGCACAUGGGAAUUGGAAGCAAGCCAAACUAGUAGAGACACUGAUAAAAAUGCUGUGUUUGACUUCAAACUCUAUUGGAAAGAUAUGAAAGUCAAAGGUUUAUUUGAUGCCGAUGAACGUGAAUUUAUCUUCCAUCAAGAACAACACGGAAAUUUCACUGUGGAUCUGAUUGAAUCCACUUGGAGUGGUUCCAUCAGUCUAUCCAAACCAACUAAACUUAGCAAUGGUACCGUCAAUUACGUUAAAAUUGACUGGGGGAUUAAAGAUGUAUAUGCAUCAAUUUAUGGACUGGGACCCCUUGACAAACCACUCGCUGCAGCCUUUGGAGCCAGUUUCAAGACCGCUUUGAAUACUCACGUGAUUGGCAAUGCAAUUGGAGAUUUCAUUAAAAUGAGACUAGAGACUAUAUGGUGGAACACUGGAAAAGUGUGGGACCUAGUGCAAUGGUGCAAAGACCAUCCAGCUGAUUCUACCGUUUAUUAAUUGUAGUUUUUAUUAAAUAAAUUGAUUAGAUA